AUGGCAAAUGUUCGUCCAUUUGAGCCUUUAAAAUUAUAUAUUGCAGCAUCUGAGAAUUCGAUUGGAUGUAUGUUAGCCCAAGAUGAUGAGAAUGGGCAUGAGCGCGCAGUUUAUUACGUUAGUCGAGUCCUAACUGAUAUCGAAACAAGGUAUUCACCGACUGAAAAAUUAUGUUUGUCAUUAUAUCAUGCUUGUAUGAAAUUAAAGUGUUAUAUGGUGGCUAAAUCGGUAAAGGUGAUAGCGCAGACUGAUGUUGUUAAGUAUAUGCUUAGUUUCCUUAUGUUAAGGGGGCGCUUGGGAAAAUGGAUGUUAACAUUAACAGAAUUUGAUUUGCAAUAUGUCCCAGCGAAAGCUGUUAAAGGACAGGUCAUUACAGACUUUUUUGUGGAUAAUUCGAAAGGUUUGAAUGACCAGGGGGCAAAUAUUAUUGAUAUAGAGGUCAAUUAUUGGAAAUUAUAUUUUGAUGGAUCUAAUCACAAAGAUGGUGCAGGGGUUGGAAUCCUUAUUAUUUCACCUGAGGGUGUUCCAUCAGAAUUUUUGUUUGAAUUAAAGUAUCCUUGCUCUAAUAAUGUCGCUGAAUAUGAGGCUUUAAUUUUAGGUCUUGAAAUUUUAAUUGACAAAGGAGCUUUAGAGGUUCAAAUUCUAGGAGAUUCACAGUUGGUUUUAAAACAGUUAUCAAAGGAGUUUAAAUGUAACAAUGAAACGUUACAGAAAUAUUUAGUAACUGCUUGGAAGAUGUUAACUUCUUUUCAGAAGGUUUCUUUGGUACAUAUCCUUAGAAUUCAUAAUAAAAUUGCUAAUGAAUUAGCCCAAAUUGCUUCAAGAUAUCGGGUUAGCCCGAAAACUAUUAGAAAAUUUUCUAGUAUCCAUCAAAUUUUAGUGCCAGCAAGUGAAAGAGAAGUGCUGUGUAUGGAUGAAUGGGAGGAUUCGGAUUGGAGAAGGUUUAUUGCUCAGUAUUUGAAAGAUCCCAAUACUGCAGUUGAUAGAAAAAUAAAGUUACAGGCAAUGAACUUUGUUUUAUUGGCUGAUGAUUUGUAUAAAAAAGGGAUUGAUGGAAGUUUGUCGAGAUGUUUAGGUCGAGAAGAUCAGAAUGUUGCUCUGGGCGAGGUUCAUAAUGGAAUUUGUGGUGCUCAUCAGGCAGGAAGGAAAAUGAGAUGGGUGUUAUAUCAAAAUCAUAUAUAUUGGCCGUCUAUGAUAAAAGAUUUUAUUGAUUAUGCAAAAGCAUGUCAGGAAUGUCAGAAACAUGGCUCGAUACAACAAAUUCCGGCAGCUGAGUUACAUUCGAUAAUAAAGCCAUGGCCAUUUAGAGGUUGGGCUUUGGAUCUAAUUGGCUUGAUUCAUCCUCCUUCAUCAAGACAACACAAGUUUAUCUUAGUGGCUAUUGAUUAUUUUACGAAGUGGGUUGAGGCUAUUCCGUUAGUAGAAGCUGGACAAACUGAGAUAAUUGACUUUAUUGAAGAAAAUAUUAUCCAUUGA